AUGCUCGGGCUAAGCGACGGCGGCUCAAGAUCCUCCAGGAUGCUUGCCUUUGUUCUGGCUGCCAUUUUGCUGAAUAGUCCAGCUCCAGUGGUUUUCGGAUUGAUAACCACACCGGGUUCGCCCUGCACAGAUGUGUGCGGUAAAACGACCAACACUACAUCUUCCGAGGUUGCGUGUGCGGAUCAAUCGUACAAUCAAACAUCAGUAGGGAGAACUUUCAGAGACUGUGUCUCCUGCCAGUUGGACAGCAAGUUCAACGAUGAGAACACUGGGGAAUCGGAUGUGAACUGGGGACUCUAUAACCUGCGCUACGCUUUUUCAACCUGUGUGUUUGGAUUUCCAGACGCGAUCUCAAAUCUCUCGUCACCGUGCCCAGUAGCAUGUGAUGGUGUCCGUUUAGCAGUUGAAACCAAUAUUGAAGACCCAGACACAUCGAAUCUGAACUCGUGGUGUGAUACCCCGUCGUUCGCGGAUAAUGUCGUCAACACCUGCGAGUUCUGCUACAACUUGACAACCUCGCAAGUUUACAUGGCAAACUUCCUCGAGUCCAUCCGCUACAACUGUCAUUUUAAGACAGUAACGGGCACUACCUUUGAUAUAUCCCCAACCAGAAUCUUCACCCAAUCCCUUCUCCCCUCAAGUCUCUCACUCACAACGUCCCUUCCCAAACUCUCAAAAGUGGAUCUGGGAGUUGUGAUUGCGGUACCAGUCAUAGGAUUCCUAAUCCUUGUCGCGUCGAUUGCGAUAUGUUGCUACUUCUUCAUCCGGCAUCGACGCAAGAAGGCCCGUCGGAACCGUCACACGGUGAAUCCGUACAACCACUGGAAUGGUGCAUCGCCGAUCAGCGCGCAGCAGCAGCAGCAAGCCUGGGCCGAGCAACAGAUGUAUAACUCUGGCGCAUAUGGGCACGGGGCAGGCUUUGGCUUUGUUGAUAAUGAUGGCCGUGGACAGGAGCUUGCAUAUGGCCCUGGUCAAGACCAACAGUAUCAAAACCAACAGUACCAGCAGCACUUCCAAGGUCAGGAUAAGUCGGGCUUCUCGCAGGAUAUUAUUGAAGACGAGUCUGCUCAACAGCAGUACCAGCAGCAACAGCUUGCUCAACAACAACAACAGUACCAGCAGCAACAGCAACAGCAUGCUCAACAACAAUAUCAGCAGCAGCAGCAGCAGCAACAGCAACAGCAACAUGCUCAGGUGCCUGCUCACACUCAAAUCUUUGAGCCGGAUCAGAAGGGCGAACAUGCUGAGGCUCCUGUUCACCCCCAGGUCCUAGACCCAGACCGAAAGGACCCUCAGCAGUGGCAGUGA